AUGGCUAAGCAGAGAGGAAGAAACCUAUUGAAAAAGCAGCAAAAAAAUGAAUUUGCACCUUCAACAGAUGGUAACCAUCAUGACGACAUUAGUUUGAAUGCUGAAGUGAGUUCUAAGGAAAGAACCGGUGAGCCCAAUAUGUUUUUUGGUACACUAGAUGUACAGGAAUUGGAAUACUUUAAGCAAGCUGAAUCUACCUUAGCGGUUGAUACUUUUGAAUCUGAGGAAGAUAAGGUGAAUUUUAUAAGUACUGUUAUAGAAGAAAGUAAAGGUAAGGAAUUGAAGUUAGCAACAUCUCAAAUUUGCUCCAAGCUAAUGGAACGUAUUAUAUUGGAAACCGACGACCGCCAGGUGAAGGAAAUAUUUCAAAAAUUUAAUGGAUUUUUCUUUAAUAUAUCUUGUCAUAAGUACGCUUCCCAUGUGUUGGAAACUUUACUGGUUAGGAGCGCUGCUUUGGUUGAACGGGAACUAUUAACACCAACAUUUGAUGACACAUUGGUAGCUGAUAAUGAUGGGGUGUUUACAUCAAUGGAAAACUUAUUUUUGUUCAUGGUUAAUGAAUUAAAGCCGAACCUAAGGAUGAUGAUUACCCAUCAGUAUGCAUCUCAUGUUCUGAGACUUUUAAUUUUAAUUCUAUCUUCUAAGAAGUUGCCCAGUAGUACUCAAAAUAACUCGACUUUACGUUCUAAGAAAUCGAAAAUUGCUCGUAAGAUGGUCGAUUUGAAAGAUAGCGACGAUUUCAACAAGGUAUUCAGGACUCCAGAUUCUUUCAAAAGCGAGUUAAAAACUCUACUCUCUACACUAUACAAAGAACUGACCAACGGUGUUGAAAUCGGACUGGAAAAUCGGUGUAACAUCAGUCCAUCAUGUAUCACUAAGGUAAGAGAACAAUGCAUCGACAAGGUUGCUUCACCAGUAUAUCAAUUGAUAAUUCAGGUAGAGGGAAUCUUUGACAGAGAUCGUUCAUUCUGGCAUCUAGUGUUUUCCAAUACAGAAGAGAAGGAUCCAAAGGAGGAAUCAUUUGUCGAGUAUUUGCUGUCGGACUCUGUGGGUUCACAUUUUCUACAAACAGUUAUAGGGUUCAGCAGGGUAAAAUACGUUGAAAGGCUGUAUAGAUUAUAUAUGCAAGACAGAAUUGUCAAACUUGCAAAAAGAGAAACUACCGGUGCCUAUGUUGUCCAAUCACUACUAAAAACCCUGCAUCAAAAUGAAGUGCGGAAAGUUAUAAAUGAUUUGGUUCCUGAACUGUCCAUCUUAUUGAACUCAAAUAUUGACUUUGCAACAGAGAUUAUAGAUGCAUCAAUUAGCCAGGGCAACUAUAAAAAGAAUGAAAUCAUUGAACAGUUAAUUGAAAAGUACUAUCCGGAUAAUGUGGAAGACAGGAACAUAUUAGAAAGUUGUCUACAAUUAAGUUCUUCCACAUUAGGGAAUACGAGAGAUGACUGGCCAACUGCUACAGAGAGGAGAAAGGCCCUAUUUUUGGAACGUCUCAUUGAUCUUGACGACAAGUUCCUAAACAUAACCAUCGAUUCACUCUUAGCCUUGCCAGAGGAACGUAUGUUACAAAUGUGCUACCAUGGUGUAUUCUCACAUGUUGUCGAGCGUGUACUUCAGGUCGGUAGAGUUGAAACCGUAAAGAGAAAAUUACUAUUAAACAUCUUUUGCAAAGACAUUGUUAACAUGGCUUGUAAUGCUUAUGGUUCACACAUUAUGGAUAAACUUUGGGAAUUUACUUGUAGUCUAACCUUAUACAAGGAACGUAUUGCUUCUGCGUUAACUUCGGAGUCUACUAAGGUUAAGAACAGUGUAUACGGCAGACAAGUCUGGAAAAACUGGCACCUAGAACAAUACAAUAGAAAGAUGUAUGAGUGGAGAAAGAUCUUGAAAGAUCAGGAGGCUGACUUGCUCCCUAAUGUGAAGAAGUUACAAGCUCCACAGAAGGCUGACCUGAAUAAUAAACGUGCAUUUGUGAGUUCUAAAGAAGAUCGUACCUCAAAGAAGAGAAACAUUAACGGCUAA